AUGGUUGAACUGUCAACCGCAGCGAUUCUUAUUGCUUUUUUUUCAACUCGAAAUUCAUCGAAUGGAAAAUCGUGUUUUUCGCCUCGUUGCUUCGGUGUGCUUUAUUUUCUCGAGGUUUGACGAGAUUUCAACGCUGACAGCUCAAGUCAUUUUUCCAAGUAUUUUGCCUGAAAUUCCAAGUCUAUUCGACUUACAAGCCCACAAAAUUCGAUCUUUGACAAAUCGAAGUUUUGAAUUUUUGCGUCGCACUCGUAUGUGCAAACUCGCUGCAAAAUCCGCGAGCGAGCCCAUACAGUAGCGGCUGCGUGCGGCGGGGCACCCUCUCGUGGUCUUAAUUCGCGUGAAUAAUAAGAGUUCGGAGUCGUCGUCGUCGUCGUCGUCUCGAAAUCCCCCUACUUUUGCGCGAGCACUGCUCAGCUCGCUAGUAUCAUCCACUCAGUGCUUCUGCUAUCAUCAUGGUAUCGAGGUUAAAGCCAUGCGUUUCGAGAGUCUUUUUGCGCCAGGCAGCGACUAAAUAAAUAAUGGAUUAAACCGAGCGGAGCAAAAGGCGUCCCCAUCGUCCGUGCGCGCGUGUGUGUCUGUGCGGGUUGAAAAAACUUCGGCUCGGCUGGGACUCUCAGCUGUGUUGUUAAUCUCUGCGUCUCGCGCUCUCGCUCGGCCAACGAAACCUUACUAUACAGUGCGGGCUAGCUAGGCCUGUGUGUUUUCUUCCUUUAAUUUUUUUUUCUUUUUUUUUUUUUUCAAUUUUUCCACCUGGUGACGAGGCGCGCUCUACUCCGCAUCUCGCAUCUCAUCCGUGUGGUGUGCUAUAUAAUAUAUAUGCAUAGAUAUUGAGCAAGUGCGAAUCCCGGAGUUUCGGAGUUUUUUGACUACUACUACUACUACUACUACUACUACUACUCGCAACGGGGAACCCUACUCUCUCUUUCUCUGCGCUCUGCGUAUUAUGUGUAUAAAGCGACGACGAACGUGCGUAUAGAUGCUGAGCUCGGUUGAAGCCCAGAAGUCAAGUCCGAUCCACCUGCCUGUCUAUGCCUCGUCCUACCCGCGUUUUCGUUUGUCCUCGUUCUUUUCUUCUUCCUUUUCCUCCUACUCCUAUAUGUCCCAGACUGCAAGAUGUUUCCCUUGCCCAUGUCAACAGUGAGCGACGUGUCUAGCUAUGAUUUCGAAAAAGAUGAGAACGCUGCCAAAUGGAAAGGAGUGUUUGUCAACUCACUUAAAAAGGUCCUCGAACAAGUGCACCCAAGUCUAGAAGCACGUCAAGAUGCCCUAGACUAUGUAGAAAGUCUCAUUUUGAGGCUGCUGGGUAUGCUAUGUGGACAUCCAGCUCCUCACACGCCACAAGAUGUGGAAGAGCGAGUUGGUCGCACCUUUCCUACUCCCAUUGACAAAUGGGCAUUAAAAGACGCUAGAGACGCUUUAGAAAAAGGCAAAAAGAAAUCUCCAUUAGUUUUGCCGGUUGAAAAAAUACAUCAACUUUUGCAAAAAGAGGUAUUACAACAAAAAGUUGACUAUCAAGUCGCACUUUUUAUUACAGGAGUUUUAGAGUAUAUUUCUGCUGAUAUAUUAAAGCUUGCUGGAAACUAUGUUAAAAAUAUUCGCCUAGUUGAGAUUUCCUAUGAAGAUAUCAGAGUUGCCAUGCACGCUGAUCUGGUUUUGAUGGACAUGUUUCAUCAAGACGAAGUUAUUGAGGGUGCCCAAACUAGUUUAAGUACAGUUGUUUCUCAAACAUACGAAGAAUCAGUUCGUGAUCUCAUUCAAGAUGAGCGUCAUUAUUUACGCGAUUUGCAAAUGAUAAUAAAGGUUUUUAGAGAAGAAAUUUCAAAACUCACAAACAAAAAUGAAUUUGAAGCACUUUUCAGUAAUAUAAUGGACAUUUACGAGACCACAGUGAGUCUGUUGGGUAGUUUAGAGGACGUCAUAGAAAUUACAGCAGAAAAACAAACGCCUACCGUAGGCACUUGUUUCGAAGACAUCGCCGAAGGGGAAGAAUUUGACGCUUAUACAAAAUACGCGAGCGAAAUAUGCAGCCCAGCCUGUCGAGAAGUUCUGACCAGGCUGUUGGCCAGGCCCGACGCCAACGCGGCAUUGCGAGCUGCCGGUCAUGGCUUCAAGGAGGCUGUAAAAUACUACUUGCCAAAACUUUUAAAGCAACCGAUCUGGCAUUGCUUUUUAUAUUAUGACUACAUAGGGUUCCUUAAACAGAAGACUCCUCACCAAGAAGACUCCGAGAUUCUCGACCAAGUGCAAGGUCUGCUCAGACCGCUGGUCAUUCAGUUGCAAGAAAUUCUGGACAAUCACAAGAUCAAACGCGACAGCAGCUUACGAAUGCAGAGCCGAGCUCGUAGGCAGGCGGCGCUCGAAAAAACCAGUGACAUGCAGAGAAUCGUCGAUGGAUGGGAUCAGAAAGACAUUGGACAGUGUUGCAAUGAAUUUAUCAAAGAGGACACUUUAACGAAAGUUGGGAACGGCCGAAGACUGACAGAGAGACGAGCACUGCUGUUCGACGGUUUACUGGUGCUCUGUAAGCCCGUGAGUAACAAAAGGCCCAUAAGCAUGAGCGUGGGCACGACCAAUCAUUCCGCUCAGGGUGAAAUCCAGUUGCGGCUCAAGGAGCGCUUUUUCAUUCGAAAAGUCGACAUUAUCGACCGCGAAGAUACCGACGAACUCAAGAACGCGUUCGAGAUAGCACCCAGAGAUCAUCCGAGCGUGAUUCUGGUCGCCAAAACAGUGGAGGACAAGAACAGCUGGAUGGCUGAUCUAGUGAUGCUCAAUACCAAGAGUAUGCUCGAGCGUACUCUCGACAGUAUACUGCUGGACGAGGAGAGGAAGCACCCCUUGAAGCUGCCGCCGCCGAGCGUGUACAAGUUCGCGGAGCCCGACAGUCCAGCCAACAUCGUGGUCGAGGCGCGCGAGAACGGCGGCGUGCCUCUCAUCAAGGGCGCGACCCUCGUGAAACUCGUCGAGCGUCUCACCUAUCACAUUUACGCCGAUCCGGCCUUCGUUAGGACGUUCCUCAUCACUUAUCGGAGCUUCUGCUCGCCCCAGGAACUGAUGACCCUGCUGCUGGAGAGAUACACGAUACCCGAGCCCUCCAAGAUAUUCAACGACGACGAGGACCGGCCCUCGAGCGGCGGCUGCAAGUCCAUACCGCGCGAGGACUUCAAGCGCUACCGCAAGGAGUUCCUGCAGCCCGUCAAGUUUCGCGUGCUCAACGUGCUCCGCCACUGGGUCGAUCAUCACUUCUACGACUUCGAGAAGGACGAGGUGCUGCUCAAACGCCUCUACGACUUCUUGGCCCUGGUCAACGAUCACGGCAAGACCAUGAGGAAGUGGGUCGAUUCCGUCAUGAAAAUCGUCCAGAGGAGAAAGGGCGAGGGGCCGCUGGAGUCGCGACCGAUCACCUUCAGCUUCGAGCGCUCGCCGCCGCCGAUCGAGUGGCACCUGAAGGUCACCGAGGACGAGUGGGGCAUUUUAACGGUACGAAAAAAAUACUUUCAACGCAGGUGCGCAAGAUUUUUUCUGAAGUUGCACCCUGUUGAAAUAGCGAGACAAUUGACACUGCUCGAAUUCGAACUGUACAGAAACGUGAAACCGUCGGAACUCGUGGGGUCCGUGUGGACAAAGGAAGACAAAGAGAGGACCUCGUUUAAUUUAUUAAAGAUGAUAAAACACACGACGAACUUCACGCGGUGGUUGGAAAAGACGAUCGUGGACGCGGAAAACUUCGACGAACGCGUGGCCAUUGUGUCGCGCGCCAUCGAGAUCAUGAUAGUUCUGCAAGACCUCAACAAUUUCAACGGCGUACUGGCGAUCGUGAGCGCCUUCGGCUCCGCGUCGGUCUAUCGUCUGAACCUGACGAUGCAGCAGCUGCCGAGCCGCCUGUACAAGGCCCUGCAAGAGGCCACCGAGCUCAACAUCGAUCACUUCAAGAAGUAUCAGGACAAGCUGCGCUCGAUCAAUCCGCCCUGCGUGCCCUUCUUCGGCAUGUACCUGACCAACAUACUGCACAUCGAGGAGGGCAACUCGGACUUUCUGCCCGACGGACACCUGAUCAAUUUCAGCAAGAGGCGCAAGAUCGCCGAGAUCAUCGGCGAGAUACAGCAGUACCAGAACCAGCCCUACUGUCUGUCCGUGGAGCCGCGCAUACGCAAGUUCAUCGAGUGCCUGAAUCCGUUCGCGCCCGACAUGAACGACGCCGACAUCAGCACGUAUCUGUACGAGCAGAGCUUGAAGAUCGAGCCGCGCUCGUGCAAGCAGCCGUACAGGGCGCCGCGCAAGUGGCCCGAGCUCAAUCUCAAAUCGCCCGGUAUUAAAAUCAGAAAUCUAAGCGCAACGUCGCCUGGUCCUGCGUUGAGUAUGUCGACGUUAUCUCUGAGUUCGCCCGGCAACAGUCCUCAGUUACCCUCGCCUGGCCACCUGUCGCAAUCGUUCUCCAGCGGCGGAUCCGCCGCGACGCAGUUCGGUUUCAAUUCGAGCACGAUCAGCGUCAUGAGCAGCACUCUGGCGUGCUUAAUGCCGAACUCGUCGUUGAGCAGUCCCGGCCCCACCUCGGCUCCUUCCGGCCAAUCUCAGAUCCAGCAGCAGCAGCAACAACAACAACAGCAGCAGCAGCAGCAGCAACAUCAGCAGCAAUGCCAGCAGCCCAAUUCACCGGGUCUACUGUCGCAUUACGGCGGGAUUCCGGAGCAGCCGCCGCCACCCCUACCGCCGAGGACCCAUCGUCGGCGCGAUAGCGGCUACAACGAGUCACCGCAUCAGGCUCGACAAGUUCCCAACGCGCCAAUGCUGCCACCUCGGGAAGGGGUGUCGCCGCCGCCCUUACCUCCGAGACGAGACAUUUCCUCAUCGAUGCGUUUGCCGCAGACAUUCAACCCGAGUAGCUCGACGCUAUUGGCUAGGCGAAAUUCUACUUUGGACAAUCAGCUGCCUCUCAAUCAGCCGCCGACACACUCGCGCAGACACAUGUCGUUCAACGGACCAAGCCCGACGAAGCCAUCGCCUGUGCAACCUCCGAAUGGAUCGAUAACUCCACGUUUACCACCGAAACCGCAAAUACCGGGAAGAUCGUCCAGUACGAUGUUUAAUUUCAAUGCUCCACCAGGUCCUAGCUAAUACAGUUUCAUUGGUGUACAGAUUUAUCACUACGAGUCAAGCUCAUAUUUUUAUGGAAAUAUGAUGAAACUUGGUAUGAAAUGCGCCAUUCCUAGUCCGAAAGAAGCGUGCGAUAAGUCACUCAAUCACGUGAUAGCCGGAUUAAUGUUAAUAUUAGACUGCCUCGACUACUUAUUAAUGUGGUUUGUGCGUAAUUGUAAAUUUAUUCAUAAUAACAAAUUUCACGCGGGUGUACAUGUGAACGUAUGUUUGUCUGGAUCCAAAUUUCGUAUAUAUAAAUAUUAUAUGUACAUAUUAUAUAUAAUAUGCAUUAUGUGUAGGGUUAUACAAAUACGAAUAAGAACCAAGUGUGUGUAAGUUUUUUGUCUGUAUAAAACAAGUUUCAAUCGAUUUUAACGUGUGUUACGUCUGAUGUUUGUUGAUGUUACGAGCUUACUUCCAAGUCGCCAAUCUGUGAUGUUUGUCAAGAGCGUGAGUGCAUUUUCCUGUAAAAUUUGAUCGACCGUUAAUUGCGAGAAAUGUUUUCAUUACAUUCCAUUUGCGUAAAACGUUUCAUCGUAGCCGUGUUGACCUCCGAUGAGUUUUUGAUUAAAUUUUUUUAGACUCUUAAAAAGUCAAUGUUUGUAGGUCAUUUUUAUUAUUCUAUAAUAUACAAUAUCUAUUUUUAGAUACUUUUUUAAGUCAUUGAAUUUUUUUGUACAUGAUGAAAUUUGUAUAUAGAGAUUUAUAAAAAAAAAUGAAAUUUAAUAUUGUGUAUGUUUAUUGAUGAUUAUAAACCGAUAGAAUAAAGUUAUUUUGUGAAACCAUUAUAAAACCUGAAAAAUACGGAAUCAGUAUAUUUUAAUGCAAAUAAUGCAACAAUGGAUUUAUAUGAUUUUAUUAAUGUAUAUAAUAAAUUGUAUGAGAUGCAAUAAUCAUCAAAAGAAGGAAAAGGAACGAUACAAUUUUCAUAAAUUUUUGAUCUUAUCAUUAUUUCUAUAACUAUGGUCUUUCAAGCAAAUAGAUAUUGCAUAAAAGUUGUUCAUUGUAAAAAGUCUAUGUUACAUCUAAAUUUUGUAAUAUUAUAAGGAAAUACUACUAUUGUGAGUACUGUUAAAUCAUAAAAGAAUAAUUAAUCAAUUGAACGAUUUGGUUAUUCGCAUCAGUGUCUGUGUAUUUUAAAUAAAAAAUUGCAAAGUCUCGUA